UGAAACCGGAGCUCUCACAUGUGCGAGCCUGUUGAUAAUCUCACCGGAGGUUUAUUUUCUAUAACAUGUCCCACCUUUAUAGAUAUAGAAAAAAAUACUGUCAUCACACUUUCGUAUCGAGAGACGCUUCACGGUCUAAUAAUGUAAACAGCUCGUACUUUCCCGUUCAGCUGGAAUCUCAAAGUUGAGGAACAACCAAGUUAGCUUAGCAGAAACAAGCUAGCCAGCGCGUACAGAUUUCUUGGAGCGGUGAAACAUGGAGGUAGACGACCGGGACUUUCUGAACACUACGCCGGUGAAGACCGUCAGGUUUGGAGGCAGCGUCGCGGAAACGUUACAGAAACAUAAACAGGGAGACUCAAGUGAUUACGAACUCCUGAAACAUCAGCUGGCUGAUUCUGAGAUAAAGGACGCUCAGAUCAUCAACUGGCUGCAAGAAUUUCGGAGUUGUGUGACGCAGCUUACCAAGGACCAUGAGCACCUUAUUUAUAGUAUCUUGAGGCUUCCAUGGGUGGGACGCAGCCAGGCAGUAGUGGAGGAGUACAUGGCCUUCCUCGGCAACCUGGUGUCGGCUCAGACCGUCUACCUGUGUCCCUGCCUCAAGAUGGUGGUUUCCCACUUCACUCCCAAGAGAGUGAUCAUCAGGGAAGGAGGAGUCGAUAUCUCUGAUUCAGACGAUGAAGAUGAAAAUCUCCCCAGACACUUCGAUCGCUGUCACCAGGCGUUGCAGCUGAUCUUCAGAUAUGUUCCCUUCACAAGCCGCUUUCUGGUGCCCAUUUUGCAAGACAACUUCCCCUUCAUACAGAAAUCCUCCAGAACACUGGAGUGUUACGUCCACAACCUGCUGAGAGUGACCAUGUACAUACCGUCCAUCCGACGAGAUGUACUGGAGGUGAUCAUUGGAAAGCUGCUCAAGCUAGAUGUGAGCGCAUCCCGCACAGACAUCGAGGAGGCCGAGGAGAAAGUAGUGCCGGACCAGAAGGCAGACGGUCAGACUGAGGAGGGACUCUUUGACAUGGAUGAGGACGUGUCUGCGCAUCAGGACUCCAAGACGGCUCUGAUGGUCCAUCCAGUGGCUGAGAGGCUGGACACUCUCAUGGCUGUGCUGAUGGCGUACAUCAAGGACAUCUGCCACGUCAACGGCUCUCUUAACAUGGAAGUGACUAAAGAGCUGUACAAGGAUUUGUUGAGUGUUUUCGACAAGCUGAUUCUGCCGACACACGCUUCCUGUCACGUCCAGUACGCGCUCUUUUACCUCUGCAGCUUCAGACUGGCCUUGGCGGAGGCCUUCCUGGAUCACCUGUGGAAGAUUCUGCAGAACCCCUCUCAGCCCGCCGUCCUCCGCCAGGCUGCCGCUGGAUACCUGGGAAGCUUCCUGGCCCGAGCCAAGUUCAUUCCUGUGCUAACUGUCCGGGCCUGUCUGGACUUGCUGCUCUCGCUGAUCCACCGCUACAUCGACAGCCAGGACAGCAGCGGCAAACAGGUCUGCUGUGACAUCAGCCUGCACGGGCCGUUCUACACCGCCUGCCAGGCCGUCUUCUACACGCUCAUCUUCAGACACAAAGCCAUGCUGGAGCCCAACAUGAAGAAAGGUCUGGAGUAUCUGCAGAGCCUGAACCUGGAGCGGGUGGUGAUGUGUCAGCUGAACCCUCUCAAAGUCUGCCUGCCUUCCGUCACUCACAUGUUCGCUGCCAUCACCAGGAAGUAUCAAGUGGUGUUUUGUUACACGAUCAUAGAGAGGAACAACCGGCGUGCGCUGCCGGUGGUCCGCAGCUCUGCCGGAGGAAACUGUGUGACCACCAACACCAACCCAUUGGACAGCUUCUUCCCCUUCGACCCCUACCUGCUCAAGAGGUCUGGUGAGCUGAUUGAGCCGCUGUACCAGGUCUGGGAGGAACUAGCAGAUGCAGAGCUGCUUCCCACUAAAACAGGCCAUAAGGGCUCAAGAGAGGAUGAGGAUGACUUCUUGUGUUGGGAGAUGCCCCAGACUGAGGGCAUCGUGGGAAUGACUCCCAGCUCCUACGACUCAAACCUGUGCAGCCCGAGCAGCAUAGGUUCACCCCCCAGCUCCCUCCACAGGCAGUUCUAGUCCCUCAUCGGGAGCUGGCCUGUUGGUUUUCAAAGGACCCCGCUGUUCCUGAAGUCCUCAGGCACGUUGAGGGUUGGACCUUUUUUUUUUUUUGUUACGAGCAGAAAAAGCCACGGGUUUUGUAGCCACACAUUUGUACAGAGACUCUUCCCUCAUGAGCCACAUUGUGCUUACAAGUGAAGAGCACGUCAACCAUGGACGCUAUUCAUACAGGAACACUCAGGAAGGACAGCAAUAGUAUCACAAGAAGCCCAAAAAUCACGAUAAGCAGGUUUAUGUAAAUGUUCUGAACAGAUUUGAUAAGUUUUAAAUAAACAAUUUGACAAAGACUAAUGUGACAGACAUUAGCUUUCAUCUGUUUUAUUUUGUUUCUGUACGGAAGAAAAUGGUCCUCAUAUUAAACUGACCUUGAGAAGUUA